ACCUCAUUUAAAAGGCAUACCAUUACCUCUACCAGUGCCAGUACCAUUACAAGUAACAGUUCAUUACCUGAAACAACAUCUGAGGAACAGCUCGUCCACCAGAUUGCAGGUGCUGUGACUCGAGCCCUCAACUUCCUCCACUAUGCAUGGCCAGUCUGUUCCCCUGGAACACAGCACCAACCUGAUUCACUGCCCUUUGUCAAGAAAUCAGUUUCAGAGGCUAUCCAACACAAAACAGGCCCUAACCAAGCAGCUGAGACGUCCACUGAUGGCAGGUGUACUAACAGUUCAUUUAUCUCAGUUGCCACUCCCUUGGGCUCUUUAGUCUCCACUAAGAUUAAGAAUAAGAUCUGGGGUAACGAAUACAUUGAUCUGGGACUGCUACUGAAUGUGCAACCCUCCAAUGAGACAUAUGGCGUCAAACUUCAAAAAACUGGGGAGGACAAUCUCUUGCCACAGUUCCUAACCAGAAAAUGCUGUCAAUCACCAACAUAA